AUGUUAGAUAAGAAAGCAGACAAAACAGAGCUUCAAACAUUAAAGACUCAGAUUCUUGAAACAUUAUAUCCUAUAGGUUCUAUUUAUACGUCAAUGAAUUCAACAAAUCCAGAAACAGUUUUAGGUUUUGGUACUUGGGAACAGAUUGUAGACAAAUUCUUAUACUGUGCUAACUCUUCAAAGCAAACAGGUGGUUCGAAGAAAAUUACUGAAGCAAACUUACCUGCGCACACUCAUACAGGAACUACAAACUUUUCUGGCGACCAUAGCCACUCAUUAAGAGACCAUCCAUUAUACAACUCAGAAUAUAAAGCUGGCAAUGACGUUUUAUCUCCAUCUUAUAACAAUGCAGCAAAAAAGACUUUUCGACCAACUGAACCAGGAGGAAAUCAUGUCCAUACUUUCACAACAAAUCCAACAGGCUCGGGUGCAGAUUAUAUGCCACCAUUUAUGACUGUAUUCGCAUGGUAUAGAGUUCAAUGA